CCAAGAUUGCCCUGGGGGGCCAAGAGGGCCCCAAGACGGCCCAGGAGGCCGCCUCCAUAGCCAUUUUGGCUCAAGGCUGGCUUUCAGCAUUUUUACCUCAUCCGUGCACUCCGCACACUCAUUUCUACGACAGCUGGUUGCUCCAUUUGCAGAUGGCGCAUGUCAUUCUGUUCGCCAGCCUGUUCGUGGCCAGCGGCGUGUCCAGCCUGGCCUUUGCAGUAGACGUCGAGCUAAUGCAGAUGUCGACCAUCGUUCCAGACGCAGCCACUCGACGGACCAGCGCGACGUUGUUAAUGAAGCUGAAGGCGGGCUCCACCACUUUCCAGUACGACUCCAGUUAUUGGACAGAUGGCAGUUCGGUGUUGAACGAGGCCAGCGGUGCUUCCAGCAGCGACUCUGACGACGAGGACGUCAAGAUGUCGGCGUUCAACACAGUUUCGAUCUCUGCCCUCACGUUGUGCUACAAGACGUUGGACAAUUGCUACACGUACGAACUGGGUGCGACGUACACCAGCGCGCAAUCGCUUUUCAGCUCGGGUUUCAUCCGCAGCCUCAACAUGGGUCAUGGCUCUGGAACCGCUGCCGAAGGAAAGAAGGCCUGGACCGACCUGUUUCUGCCGCCGGGAACGGCAACCUGGUACGACGACUUCUGGAAUGGGAACGGAGGUGGCAAUUGCGAUAUGCAGCGGCCAGGAAUCAACACCCAGUGCAAUGACAACAAUUGGGCCCGCAUCGGGUACUGCGUGAACCUUCCUGACCAGAGUUGCCAGUCCUCUGACAGCAGCGAUGCCGAUUCUCCUGUAGGGAUCGGGCUGAAGACGCAGAACUGGCCCAACAAUGUCAACGCCCCUUUCGGCGAGUACUUCAUACAUGGCGCCGGGACGUCUGUGGUGCAGAGCUUCCAGCACCAAGCAUGGCUCUUUGCAGGAUCGGGCCCACUCCCGGCGGGGCUGCUGCCAUCGGUGAUCCCCACCUUCAAAACAUUCAUGGUGACCGGUUCGACCUGAUGAAGGAGGGCAGCCACGUUUUGAUCAACAUUCCUCGUGGAAUGAGCGCUGAAAACGCAUUGCUUCGCGUCCAGGCCGAUGCGCGCCGGCUGGGAGGACAUUGCGCGGAUAUGUACUUCCAGGAGUUGAACAUUACGGGGUCGUGGGCAGAUGCGAAACAAGCUGGUGGGUAUCACUACAGCGUGUCGCAGUAUGAGGUCAAGACUCCCGAAUGGGUUGCUCUGGGUAAAGUUGAGCUGAAAGUCGUGCAUGGGCAUACGGAUGGUGGCCUCCGCUACUUGAAUGUGUACGUGAAGCAUUUAGGGCGAGCAGGGUUUGCUGUCGGAGGUCUUCUGGGAGACGAUGACCACGGGGACGUGAUCGUUCCUCCAGAGGCGUGUGCCAAGCACCUGUCUCUGCCCGCGGAGAAGACGCACAAAACCAAUGUGGUCUCAGUCGCGGAGGCAAGCCUGGCGUGAUCGUGCGCUAUGAUGCGGCCGCUCAUCAGGCGAGCGACGCAGGACAAUGGGGGCCACCAGGCCUUCCCUUCGCCCCUCAGCCGCGGUCUGGCCUUCCCGGUGCGCCCACUGGUGAGUUGCUAGCCUGUGUAUCUGCCAGUCCACAGGUGGUUGCGUAGGCUCUUCGGCCUCUUUCUGCCAUCUCGGCUUGAUUCUCCCCGACUCGGCAUGUGCUCCUCGCCGCUGACACUUCUGUGCCUGUCCGAUGACAAGCAAAUCAAUUCAACAAAAAAAGACGGCCCAGGAGGCCGCCAAGACGGCCUGAAAGCGGCUUCCCGAGACCCCGAAGAGGGCGCACUCGGCACGCUGCAUAGUGCGGC